CGUGCACAACCGCUGCGCGUGAGGUGACGAGUCGCAUGCGCGGGACGUUGAGUAUGAGUACAGAUGCGACGGGAGGGUGUGGCGAGAGCGAAGCGUGUGGAGGAGUGAGGCAGCCACAGACGAUGAGGCGGUGCAGAGCAGGCGGGCCGAGCGGGCGAGGGGGCGCGGCAAAACGUUCAGUAGCCAGAAGCCCGAGGCACGCUCCUGGCGGCGAGCCGAGGACCUGUCGGGUCCGGCGUCGCUGGACGACUGGCGCGGCACAGCCGGCCUCAUCUCGAAGGCGAACGCCUUCAUGUCCUUGGUCUUGCGGAACGAGAGCACGGCAGGGUCGCAGAGCGCUGCGCUGCGGCGUGGUCUCGGUGAGGUGCAGCGCGCGCUGCGGCCUCGGCGCAGAGUGUAAGCGAGGACUGGAGGCGGUCACCAAGCCUGAGCGUGAGCAGGCUAGCGCAGCAGGAUGGAAGCGGUCGCGAAGUGCUGGCAGUAUGGUGAAGAGCGCCCAGCCCUGACGGCAUGCCGCGGUGGGCGAUGCACCUGUGCGUCGUGAGCGGCGAGUGGGCGAAUGACGUGGCU